AUUACAAUUUUUCUUAAUUAAAUAAUGUGAAUAAAAAGAAAAGAAAAUUAAAUUUAGGUUUUCCUCUCCCCACCCCUCAGUUUUGCAUUAUUCAGCCGCCCGCCAGUUCUCCAGCGCUGAUCGGCGAUCGCCACUGGCCACCCGUCGCACGCUGAUUCUGAAACCCUCUGAAUCGCAGUCGCAGCUCUCUCUCUCUCUCUCUCGAUUUUAUACACACUGCUUAAAGGUUAAACGCUUGGAGGCGGAGAGAUGGAAGGUGGGGGAAACCGUCUUCUCCCAGCUGAUGCUUUUCCAUUGUUCCAGGAAGGUAUCGGGUUGGUUUUAUCUCGUUGGUCAGCUCUUCAGUUGGCCGUGGAAAAUGAGUGGGGUGGUCGUGACUCUCGUCGUAAAGUUGAAUUAUUAUGCUCCGACAUUUUCACAUGGUUUACUCAGAACAAAGAGCAACUAUAUAUUGAUGAUUUAGAAACAAUUCUUGAUGAAGCUAUGCUUUCAUUGAAUACACAGGUCGAUGAUGGCAGCAUUGAGGAGGUAGCUGAAAGAUUGAUUUUCAUGCAUGAGGAAUGUGUAGAUCGUAACUUUAGCUCUAUUGAAAGGUUAAGGCAAUCCCCUCGUCCUCAAGUUGCUCAUGCUCACGUUAAUCAGGCUGCGAGUGACGAUGACGACGAUGACGAUGUAGAAGAAGAUGUCAAUAGAAAUGAUAUGAUGGUGGAUGCCGUACAACCAGCCCAAUCCAGGCCUGUCAAUCAUCAACUUAAUCCAGAGGCUACAGCUGAAGCUGAAGAUGGAUGGGUUCAAGUCACAUCAAGAAGAAAUAGGGGAACAAGAAAUUAGUACCAACCUCUCGAUGUCUUCUAUUUAUCUAGGUAAAUCAUGAAUCCCUUUGCCGUCUUCUUCAAACAGUGCAUGAGCAAUCAAUUUUGUUUUGUGUGAAAAUAUAUAUAAUAUUAGAAUCCAGCUUAUGUUUUAAGAGAGAUCAUAAAGGCAGCCAUUAUGCUUUUUUUUUUU